UCAUAUAUCUUUUUGCCUAGCUAUCUUCUAUAAAUUUCCAAACAAAGGUCCAAAACUGAAGGGGAAAAAAGUGCAAUCACAGAAAACAAAAAAUGAGGGGAAUUAGCAUGAUGGUUUUUUUAUUAUUGAAUUUGUUUUGUCUUCAUGAAACCACUAUUGCACGUCCAGAAUCCAUUUCCUUAUUAAAACCAUUGUUUUGUAAUGAUUACAUUGCCUCCAAAGUUGAUCAAUUCCAAACAACCCUUUGCCCACCACCAGAUAAUUCUAACUUUGUGACCAUUAAAUCACUAAAAGAGUACAAUACCGCACUGGAAAAUCUUGAAGACAAGCGUUUGCCAGGGAUCUUGUAUUUCACUUCUGAGUGGUGUUUGUCCUGCAAGUCCCUCUUGUCUCCAUUUCUUAAGGAGGAAAGUAACAAAUACUCUGAUGUUACAACGUAUAAGAUCGAUGUUGAUGAGGAAGACCUUGAGAGUGUAUUGAGCCAAUUACGUAUUAGUUCUGUGAUAUGCCUCAUUUUGCAGCCAAUACUCCAUUUCUUCAAAAAUGGAAAAAAGGCAAGUGAAGUUGUUAAUGCCGAUUUUGCAAAAAUAAAGAGUACAAUGAAAGAGCUCUAUGGGAAACAUUAAAUUGAAAAUAAAUUUGAAAGAGCAUUGCAUCAUCUUAUGUUUAUAAAUCAGUUUUGCAAUGGAACAAUGUGUUUCCCAUCUUUUUUGUAAUUUCCCCCUUCUCAAAAAUUUUAUGAGGAACUGUUUAUGGAUGAAGCAAUCUUGCUGUAAUAAUGCUUCAAAUUCCAAACUUGGAGACUGUAAUAUCAUGUACUUUUUCAUCAUAUUUUAGUUUGAGUCUCCGACGUGUUUGUCAAA